CACCAACCAACCAACGAAGAAGAAGCAGAGCGUUCUGCAGCGGUGUCGCUUGCUAACGGGCUAAUAUAUUAGCCUCUUGUUAAGAGGUAUCGUUAAAUACGCCGUCUGUACUUUCUGAUAUAACAGUUGAAUAAAAGGUAUCUGAGCAUAAGACGCUAUCAAGCUGAUUGUUGAAAUGGGAGAUCCUGCUUUCCACCGUGACUGCCCUCUAGACUGCAAGGUUUACGUGGGAAAUCUAGGAAACAAUGGAAACAAGACAGAGUUAGAACGGGCUUUUGGCUAUUAUGGCCCUUUAAGAAGUGUUUGGGUGGCCAGAAAUCCUCCAGGUUUUGCUUUUGUAGAGUUUGAAGAUCCUAGAGAUGCGACCGAUGCUGUAAGAGAACUGGAUGGCAGAACCAUGUGUGGAUGUCGUGUGCGUGUUGAGCUGUCGACUGGAGAGAAGCGCUCCAGGAGCCGCGGCCCUCCUCCAUCAUGGAGCAGACGACCCCGAGAUGAUUUUAGGCGACGUAGUCCCCCAGUCAGACGCAGAUCACCCAGGAGGAGAAGCCUGAGUCGCAGUCGCAGCAGGUCUGUGUCACGAGAAAGACGCAGAUAUCGGUCUUUGUCCAGAGACAAGAAUCGUAAGCGUUCACGAUCCUUCUCCAGAUCAAGGAGUCGUUCCAGGUCUCAUGAUAGGAAAUGAAGAUCCUGGAUUGCUCUGCAAGGUCAUAUCAAGAUUUUGAAGAGGAACGUUUUUACAGUGCCACUUUUCGUUCUUAAAUUUUGUUUAAAACUUUAAAAGCGCCCCAUGUGGGUUGCUAUGUCAUGCUUUGUGAUAUCCGUUAAAAGAACAACAAAGGCCGGGAUGGUUCUACUUUUAUCUGAUUUGUCUGUUGUGGCAGAAGUAGUUUUUUUUUUAUUUUAUUAUUAUUUUUUUUUUCUUUUUUUUUUUUUUCCAUUUUGUAUAAUUGUUCUCAUGGAUGAAUUUGUCCUGCAAAAAUGAACUUGUCCUGCAUGUUUUGAAACUGAAUACUGUCUUUGGUUUAGUAGAAAACAUCUUUUAACUGUUUAAAUAAAUUGUGAUUUAUAAUUUUUUUUCUGCUUGCUUUAUUCUAUUCAUUAUUUCUAUUUUCUUUGCAUCACUGUGAAACAGGGACUUAACAGAUGUUGGUGCUGUUAUUUGAAGGAUGUCCCCAUCUGCAUUUCUG